GUCUGGGCUGCGCUGGCGGCUGCCUGUGUGCUGCGAGCGGCCGCGUAAACAUGGAGCUCUCGGCCGUCGGGGAGCGCGUCUUCGCGGCCGAGGCCCUGCUCAAGCGCCGCAUCCGCAAAGGGCGCAUGGAAUAUCUCGUAAAAUGGAAGGGCUGGUCUCAGAAGUACAGCACUUGGGAACCUGAGGAGAACAUCCUGGAUGCCCGGCUGCUCGCAGCCUUUGAGGAAAGCUUUGGUUCUUUUAACACCUCUAGGGAGCGAGAAAUGGAGCUAUACGGGCCCAAAAAGCGAGGCCCCAAGCCCAAAACCUUCCUGCUAAAGGCCCAGGCAAAAGCAAAAGCCAAAACGUAUGAAUUCCGCAGUGACUCUUCCAGGGGGAUCCGGGUGCCGUAUCCCGGCAGGUCCCCCCAGGAGCUGGGCUCCACGUCCCGGGCUAGGGAAGGACUCAGAAACAUAGCCCUGGCUCCCCAGGGCAGCUCCAGCACCAGCACCCCCAAGGGAGACAGCAUCCGGGACCGGGUGAUCCGUGUGGAGGAGAAGCCUGGGGAGACCCCCAAAAAGAGAGGCCCGAAACCCAGGAAGGAGCUUUACAAGGACCUGGCGGAGACUCUGGAUGCCUCCAAGAGGAAACUGGGGGACCCGGGGGACAAGGUGGGGGACUACCUGAAGGCCAGGAAGAUGGAGGAGGCGGCGGCGGGGGCGGCCAAGUUCGGCUCGGGACACAGCGUCAUCCAGCUGGCCAGGCGGCAGGACCCCGACCUCCCCGGCGCCCUGCCCGGCCCCAACCGAGCCGAGGUGGGUGCCAAGCUGGGGGCCGCCGAGACCUUCCCCCCCCGGCUGGCCAAGCACCGGGCAGACUUUCUGGACCCCAAGGGGCAGGGGGGGCUGGACCCCGGUGGGCCCAAGCUCCUGCACGGCGCGGUCAGCCCGGGCGCCGUGGGCAGCCUGUACCGCGACGGCGUGGGGGGCCAGGCGGGGCGGCCAUCCCUCAUCGCCAGGAUCCCCGUCUCCAGGAUCCUGGGGGACCCCGAGGAGGAGUCCUGGAGCCCCUCUCUCAACAACCUGGAGAAGGUGGUGGUAACUGAUGUGACCUCUAACUUUUUGACCGUCACCAUCAAGGAGAGCAGCACGGACCAAGGAUUCUUUAAAGAGAAGCGAUGAGUUUGUUGGAGGUGGUGCUGGGGUUUUCUUCGGUCAGAUCCAGACAAAAGCUUGGUUAGAGCUUGGUGGGCCUUUCUCUUUUUUUUUUUUUUAUUUUAUUUUUUUUUUAUUUUUUUAAAUUUUUUUUCUCUUUUUUUUUGGUCCUGGAGAGGAUUUAGAAACUGUCCUAAAUUCAUUAACUCAUUCUUUUUUUUUUCUUUUUUUUUUUUUGUCACGUCUUACAUUUCGUUGGAAAGAUUAUCUCUAGAGUUAUAUUUUCUAUUAGAUGUAAAUAUGUUAUUUAAGAAAAAAUGCUUAUAUAUAUAUCUAUAUAUAUAUAUUUCAACUCUGAGUUGUUUUAUUUAAAUGGAGACAACAGUGACUGCUCAGUUGCUCUUAGAAAGGACAAUAAAACUGAGAACUAACAGAGUUCAUGCAUCUGUUGCAGGAGCCGGUGUACAUAACAAACGAUGUUCAUAGCUAAUUAUGUUCUGGGUUUUUUUAACUAUUAUUUUUAAUAUGAUGCUAUGGAUGGUGGAGGGGGAAGUGUUACUCCCUCAGAGGGCAAAGUGCCCUGAUUUCUUGAUUGUGAUAUAAGGUGUUGCUUGUACAAUCAAGUGUGCUGUAUCCAGAACUGUUGCCCUUGACAGUUGAAGCACUUGAAUUUACAGUAUUGUUGGGGAGGGGGCGUUUCCAGUCUAACAAAAAAAUAAUGUUGCUACAAAGUCGGGGCGGGGGGGGGGGGGGAAGAGCAGAAAUCCAUAAAAAAGCUUAAACUGUUCUAGCAGAGUAUUAACUUGAAUUACCUUUUCUUGCGAAGGAAGAGGAGGUUUGCGUGUGUAAGGUUCCUGAGAGGGGUGAUACUGAAAUGCACUUUAAUAGAGUUGUCGUAGCAGUUGUGGGAGAUGGGACUGAGCUGAGAAUCUGUUUUCAUUUUGUCUGGUUGCUUGAUUCUGUUCCCCCAUCCACUUAAAAAAAAAAAAAAAAAAAAAAAAAGAAAACAAAAACAACAAAACCCCCUCUGUUUACAUUCCUGAAAUGCCAGAGAGGUUUGGGAGGGUAGCAUGUCACUGCCCAUAUUUAGAUGCUUUAUACUGCUAUAGAAAGUGGAUUAUUAUUGUUAUUAUUUUUUUUCCCCAAACAUAGUUCACUUCAGACUGUUGGAAGACUCCAGAUAAAGUGUUUUGUAAUAUCCACAUCUCUGACAAAUCCCAGAGCCACCUUUAUGCAUUCAGAGACAAUAAAUAUUUCCCUUUUCUUAUGCUAGUUAAACAAUAGCCAAGAGGCGAAAUAUUCCCGUUCGCGAGCAGCCCUGCUGACUCGGGUGGCUUUUUGUGGUUUAUUUGCCUGUGUUAUUUCUCCUGGCUGGGGAGGACUCUGCUGUUUUUCUCCCCGGGCUGGGGCAGGGCAUGGCUGUGGGGUUUCAUGGCUCGGCAGUUUCCCGCCGGGUUGUGCAGCGCCGUGGGGGCUGCAGCCCCCCACUCCCUCCCCCCGCAUCCCGUCCCCCCCAGCCCUGUCUGGGGGGGGGGUGUGUGUCCCCGAGUUAUGAUUUCGGUUGAGGUGGAGCAGGUGGCCUCGUCCCGCUGCGUUGGCCUGAGCAUCUCUCGGGGUUGGAAAGCACAAAUCUGUCCGGCAGCACCCGAGGGCCAGGGCUGGGCCAGGGCCCCCUCGUCCCCCCUCGCCUGCUGCCCGGUUUUGGGGGGCUGUAUGGCGGGGGGUGGCAGCACUGGGGGCCUGGCGGGCAGGGAAAGGGGCUGGGGCAAGGAGCAGCCCUUGCUGUUGGGCCCAUCUGCGGCUCCCCCUUGCUCAGUCCCUUCCUUGUCCUUUUGGGAGCCCUGGCAGGAGGAUGCUGUAUUGACUGUACAAAGGGAGCCAUGUCUGUGAGUUCUGAGGAUUUUUGUUUUUCUUUUUUUUUAUUUUUUGUUGUUUUCCUCCUCUUUUUUUUUUUUUUUUUUUUUUAAAGGUGUAUUUUGUAAAAUUGAGAUUUUUAACUUGGUUUGUACGAAGAACCAAUGUGCUGGUUUCAGUGCCGGUGCCAGGGGCAGCCGACACGGGACACGUGUGUUGUCGGAGGGAUGAGGACGGGACGAGCUGCCCGUCCCCCCACUGCUGCCGUGCCAAGGCUGGGGGGGGGGCUGCCUCCCCUUGCAAAAGAGCCCGGAGCCAUGCUCCUGCCCCCCCGGGCUGCAGUUGGGGUUUGGGGUGCUUCGCUCCAGCCCUGUCUAUAUGUGUGCGUCCUGACACACAAACAUACAUGUGGGUGUAUAUGUGUGUAUGUAUAUAGCGACGUGUAUACUGAGUGUGUGUGCGUGGGGGUGUGUGUGCGUGAAUUAUUUAAAUCUAAGACUUGUACAAAAACGAUUUGGCUAAAUCUCAGUCUCAGAAGUGAAGCUUAACUACGUGUCUUCUGCCAGCCGUGAAUGUCCAUGAGACCUGCUUUUUAUGUGAGUUUAAAUAUAUACUUUGUAAAUAGAAA